CCCCACUCCCCAGAAACUGGCUCCAGCAAUUCGCUGACCAUACAUAACACAUCAGAGUAUCAGACACUCGUACACCUGUACGCAGAUACUCCGCUCCUGUCGCCACUGAAGACGCCGUCGCCACUGGGCCGCCUGGACGUUCCUCGCGACCUCGCUGCAGCCCAAGUUGACUGAGUGGGUGAUUCCUAGCCCUCUCCUCUCGAUUCCCAGCUGACGAGCGAAGAAGGCAGAUUUGAAGUAGUAAGGUGCCUGGUUCUUUUUCCUCUGCAUCCAUGGCAGCCUCCAAGCUCCAAGCUCUCUGGAAUCACCCUGCUGGUCCCAAAACCAUUCAUUUCUGGGCACCGACCUUCAAGUGGGGUAUUAGCAUAGCUAACAUUGCUGACUUCUCUAAACCCCCAGAGAAGCUCUCCUAUCCCCAGCAGAUAGCGGUUACUGCCACUGGAGUUAUCUGGUCACGCUAUAGCACUGUUAUUACACCUAAAAACUGGAACCUAUUUAGUGUAAAUGUGGCCAUGGCCGGUACUGGCAUCUAUCAACUUACUCGAAAAAUAAGGCAUGAUUAUUUUGAUGCCCAGCAAGCAGCUAUAUCAGAAGAUUGAUGAUAAUAUCACUAGUGGACUUGACUUUAGUUGCUUUGUCACUUCUCAAGACCAAGUACUAUGUCUGCGUAUGUCAUACACCACAUUUGGUCUGGGAUAUUGUAUGUGUUCUUUCAUCUCAAUUCUCAAAUCAAGCGACAAAAAGUGCAUAAGGCUACUUGCCUUGGGAUUUCAGUUUCCAAUUUUUGUUAUAGCGAAGUCAUAUUUGGCGGUGCAUAUUGUUGUUGUUUCAAGAAUAUUGUGUUGUGGUUUAUCUUAUUUCUCAACAUGAUGGGUUAAGUUAUUAUAUAGACUGUCUGUGCCUCCAAGGCAUGUGUUUAUUCAGGUGAUACUUGGGGAACUCUUCUUAGUAUAUUCAGAGAAUGUCAUUAAGAAUUCGACUUAUUCAGACAACAUCAUUAUGAAUUCGACUAGCAGAUCAUGUUUUUCAUUCUAGAUUUCCAGCAGACAAUGUUCAGCUACCCUGCCCAAUUACACAACACUUGAUUUAUAAGGGGACGAACUAUUAUCUUAUUUAUUUAUGUAUCACUAUAGGUCUAUAUUUAUACAAGUUUUCUUGGCAAUCGGGACAUGAACCGGA